UCAUUUCUUUUUCUUCUGUCCAAAUGGUGAUCUUAUCCCACUAUUUAUUUCUGUUUAAUUUUGUUUACUCUUCUUGUACUGGAAGUGGAUCCUCCUCUCUGUUUUGCCAGUUCAUUAAAUCAUGACAGGUCUGAGAGACUGAGAUCCUUUAUUGCUUGCCAAUAAUUGGUUGUCUCUCUCUCUCUCUCUCUCUCUCUGUCUUAUUGUAAUAGAGCCUUGUGCUUGAAUUGUGAGGUUUUACUGAUUAUCUUUCUACAUUUCGUGCAUGCUCUGGUAAUUUUUCUUUGGUUGCUUUCCAUGUCCAUCAUGAAUGAUGAAUUAGAAAGAAAUUCCCUUUUCCGUCCACCAAUUUAAUUCACACCUAAUUUGCAUUGAUGUGGGUCCUGGACUCAUGGCUACCUUAGCUUUUGUUCUUCUGUUCGGUCUAUUUAAUUCACAAAUUGCACAUUGAUUUGGCAGGCCUUUUUCUUUUGCUUCAUUCUCUCAUUUAUUGCUGGUGUUUAUGGGGCUCUCCCAUUAAUACUGCCCAUGAAAGUAACCCUUUUGAGAUGGACGAAGGGUUACUUUCAUAGGUACUAAUUACAAUUUUCUGCCCUUCUUUGCUGGGUUGAUCAGCGUACAUCUUUUUGGAAUUGCCCUUACCACAAUUUAUUGCCUAUAACGACCUCUCUUCAUUCUUUGGCAGAAAAUUAUUGCUUCCUACUCUGGCAAAUUGAGAAAAUUACUUGGCAAAUCAAAAUCUACCUCAAGAAAUCUUAAAGUGGUAUUGCAUGACUUUCCGGGAGGAGCAGAGAGUUUUGAGCUCAUUUCAAGGUUCUGCUACAACCAUGGCAGCACCGACAUAACUCCUUCCAAUAUUUCCCUCCUAUAUUGUGCUGCACAGUUCAUGGAAAUGAACAAUUCUGUCAUUGGAACACAUAAUUUAUUGGAAAAAGCAGAGAAGUCAUUUGAAGAGAUCAGAUAUUGGACAUGGUCUGAGCUUUUAAUGGCUUUGAAGCAUUGCCAAGAUUUACUUCCAGCCGCUAAUUCUCUGAGCCUACUCGAGAAAUGCAUGGAUACCCUUGUAGCAAGAUUGCCUUCGACAAGCGAAGCGAGUCCUUGUCCUUCCACUUCAUCCCCAGAUAGCUCUGGUAUUCGGUUUUCAUGCGACACUCGAAGCUCUGAGAGUUUGAAAACCAGCUCAUCUCGGGCAACCUGGUGGUUUGAUGAUCUUCUAGCUUUAGGUCCAAAUUUGGUUGAAAUGCUGGUCAAGUCCAUGAUUUCUCGAAAACUUGAUCAUGUUAUCAUUAGUAGGUUCCUCUUUUAUUACCAGAAAUCGAAGUUUUACACUGUCAAAUCUGAUGCCAAGCGCACCUUUGUGGAAACAGUCAUUGAUAUGCUAUAUAUUCUUGAUCAGAGCUGUGUUUCUUGCAAGAGUUUAUUUGGGAUUCUUCGAGUUGCUCUGAAUUUGAAUAUAAGCAAAAGUAGCAGGAAUAAGUUGGAGAGCAUGAUUGGUUCACAGCUUGAUCAAGCAAUAUUAGACAAUUUGCUUGUUCCAUCCCCACGCGGGAUCAAUUACUUGUAUGAUGUAAAUCUUGUUCUAAGGUUAUUGAAAUCAUUUCUGAGUGGAGGAAUCUGUCAAGCAUUGCCCAUGCGAUUGAGGAGAGUUGCUGCCUUGGUGGAUUUGUAUAUGGCAGAAGUAGCCCCAGAUCCUUGUUUGAAGCCUUCGAAGUUUGUGGCUUUAGCCAUGAUCAUGCCGGAUUCUGCCAGAGACUCCUAUGAUGAACUUUACCAUGCCAUGGACAUGUAUAUAGAGGUGCAUACAGGAUUGUCAGAAGAGGAAAAGAUGGAAAUUUGUUGUGUGUUGAACUAUGAGAAGCUCUCAUCAGAGACUUGCAUACACCUUUCUCAGAAUAAAAAGUUUCCAUCAAAAGCAGCAGUCCAAGCUCUCGUCUCUCAGCAAUUGAAGCUUAAAAGCUUACUCCAUGCAACCAACAAUUCUAAGUCCUACGCUGACUCCCCUUGUAGUGCCGGCGAGGUUGGAAAUUGGGGAAGGAAAUUCGACGCCAAUGAACAACUUGUGCUUUAUGCCGGGAAACUCAAUCUCGCAGCUGACAAUGAGAAACUUAGAGCACAUUUGCAAGGCAUGCAGUGCAGGGUAAUGGAAUUGGAGAAACUGUGCAAGAAAAUGCAAACUCAAAUGGCAAAGUUUACAAAAUCAAGAGCAUCAAGCCACGGUCAUACAAGAUCUGUGCCCAAACUCUGUUCAUGAUAGUAGUCGAGCAUUUUAUUCCAUUAGUUUUUAAGUAUUAUCUCAUCUCUGUAUAGCGCAAGGAAAGGGGUUUUUGUGUUUGCAACAGAUUUUUCUUUCUUUGCUGGAUAACUAAAGGUGAAAAGCAAGUUGUUUCACUUGCAAAGAUUGAGGAAAUCUUUGGUUGUACAGUUACAGAAAGAGAAUUUCUGUUGAGUAACUUUUUCUUUUAAUGAAAUGUCCCUGUUCAUUUCAUGUAGUGCUCUUUGUACAAGAUAGGAUUUCAAGGUUAAGUCAUUUUCCCCAGUCACUCUCACAUUUGGGGCCAUUCUGGAAUGCAAGCUGGCAAGCAUAUUUUCUGCA